GCUUUCAACUUUGUUCAAAUCUGCCUCCAAACAGAUUGCCGGAGGGGACACACUCACUGCUAGUCCAGUGGCUCCAAGCAAGUUUCACUAUCGAUCAGGAUGGCGGCACCUACUUCGAUCUCAAGGCUAACCGCACAGUACACAUGCGAAACUUCCUCCCAAGCUCAACCAAUAACCAUCUACUCAAUAGACCUUUCGACUCCCUCCACGACGAGUAUUACUGAACAGAUGAAGGUGCUGAGCGCUUCUCUAUUGGAUAUGCAGAACCAAACCAACUCUUUCCUAACGGAAGAGAUGCGAAAGUUGGAAGGGAAGGAUGUAGUAGAGGACAAUGAUAAUGGAGAGAAUGAGGAAGAGGAUAGUGGAGAUGACAGUGCCGAGGAUACAAGACAUGAGAGUUUGAAUGGAGGCGAGAAACGGAGAAAACUUUAAUGGUCAUCAAUAAUCAUACUGAUAACAAAAGCUGUUGCCGCUUUGAAAAUAGGGCUUUG